UAAUCUGAGUCGUAACUUCCUUGUUUUUGUCGGAACCAUUAAACUGAAACCAUUCCAGUAAUAUACGGUCAAAAUAAACAGGAGACGAAAUGCAUAUUACCAGAUCCGUCACGUACAGGCGGAGACGGCAAGGCGGUACAUCCUAGGAGCUCUCCCUGAUUCCGGACCCUUCCAUCUCUCUCCCUCUUUAUGUGUGAAUCAUGAUGCUGUGCUGGGGAAGCAGUGCCUCGGGUCAGCUGGGCAUCGGGGCGUCGGAGGCGUUUGUCUUUGAGCCGAGGAGCUGUUGCAUGUUCGACGGGAAGGGUCUUAAAGAAGUUGUGUGCGGCAGCCAACACUCGCUCUUCCUGUUGCAUGAUGGGAGCGUUUACGCCUGUGGCUCCAACAGCUGCGGUCAGCUGGGCCAUGACAAGGGAGGAUGGAGGCCAGGUGGUUUACCAGGUGCACUUGUUAGGAGAUGUCGUCCAGAACUUGCUUUCUUAAUUAAGUGUAUUGAUUUCUUUAGGUUGAUUAAAAAGUUGUGCGAGCAUCGAAUCUCACAAGUGAUGUGUGGCAACCAACACUGCAUAGCACUUUCAAAAGAUGGUCAGCUGUUUGUAUGGGGUGAGAACUCCAGCGGUCAGCUGGGUUUAGGGAAGGGAGAGCCCAGCACUCUGUCUCCUCAAACGCUCAGAUCUCUGUGUGGGAUCCCACUGACUCAGAUCAGCGCUGGAGGAGACCACAGCUUCGCCCUGUCGCUGUCUGGAGCCGUGUUCGGCUGGGGGAAGAACAGCGCGGGGCAGCUGGGCCUCAAUGACGAGCAAGACCAGGCUGUUCCCUGUCACAUCAAGUUCCUGCGCUCACAGAAGGUGGUGUACAUCAGCUGUGGAGAGGAGCACACCGCUGCCUUGACAAAGGAAGGGGGUCUGUUCACAUUUGGAAACGGUUCUAGAGGACAGCUGGGCCACGAUUCCACCAGAAACGAGCCUCUUCCACGCAGAGUUAUGGAGCUCAUGGGCACUGAGGUGUCUCAGAUCGCUUGUGGGCGGCACCACACCCUGGCAUUCGUGCCCUCCACUGGUCUGGUUUAUGCUUUCGGCUGCAACACUCAGGGCCAGCUGGGUACAGGCCUCAGAGGAAAUGCUAAGAGCCCACUUCCUGUCAGAAACAUCCAGCCCCUGUGCAUUGGAAAUACACACACAAAAGGCGAGCGCUACACCAUCCGUAAAAUUCACAGUGGAGGCGAUCACAAUUUCCUGUUGUUGUCUACUAAGGAGGGUUCAUCUUGUCCCGAGGAUUUCCGCAUUGUGAAUACCACCAAAAGCAUCGCUCUGAUUAAUUCUGAGAGUCUGGACAGCUGGAGGAUGAAGCUCCAUGACAACAGCGAUUCAAGCAUCACCAAUGACAUCAUACUCCUGUUUUCCUCAACUGCAUGUUGGAAUGCCAGCUUUUUGGACCAAAGUGAUGACAGGCAUUUCAAAACCAACCCCAAAGUCCCAGGCAUCGAUUUCAAUGCUGUUAGGCUGCUUUUUGAGACGCUGAUGAAACCAGCCUUCGCAAGACUUUUGGAUCAGGCCACGAAGAGCUUUGAGAGUCUCCUGAUCCCCCAGCUGACCUGCUCUCCUCCUGACGUGGAAGCCAUGCGGAUCUACCUGAUCCUGUCUGAAUGUCCCGCUCUCCAGGACUCCAAAAACUACAUCUCUCUCACCAUCCCUCUAGCCAUGGCCAUCCUCAGACUGGACGCCAACCCCAGCAAAGUCCUCGAUAACUGGUGGUCUCUAAUGGAUUGCGAGGUUUUCUCCAGACUAGUGGAGAUGUACAAAAGCAUUGUUGUGUUUCUGUUGACUGGCGGGAAGGCACUCCUGAUGCCUGUGUUUCUGGAGAGCUACACCAGUGCCGCCCUUAGACUGCUGGAGAAGCUACACAAGGUCAAUCUGAAAGCCCAUCGUGUGGAAUACAACCACUUCUACAUCCCUGACAUCGCCACCCUGGUGGACAUACAGGAAGACUACCUCAAAUGGUUUCUGCGCAAAGCUGAUAUUAAAAUGCGAUACCCUCCAGUGCAGGGUUCUGUCACGUUAUGUGCCUAUCCGUUCAUAUUGAACGCGCAAGCCAAGACAACCGUGCUGCAAACAGAUGCUGAGCUGCAAAUGCAGAUGGCAGUAAGCGGCGCUAACCUGCACAACGUCUUCAUGCUGUUGACUAUGGAACCUUUGCUGGCAAGAAACCCUUUCCUGGUGCUUCACGUAAGAAGGAACCACUUAGUCAGCGAUGCUCUCCGGGAGCUCACAGUCUACAAUGACGUAGACUUGAAGAAGCCGCUUAAGGUCAUCUUUGAUGGAGAGGAAGCUGUGGAUGCUGGAGGAGUCACUAAGGAGUUCUUUCUGCUCCUGCUUAAAGAGCUGAUUGAUCCGAUCUAUGGCAUGUUCACCCAAUAUUCAGAGUCCAAUCUGCUGUGGUUCUCUGAUAAAGGCUGCUUCAAAUUUUCACAAACUGUUUGUCAUUAUAUGUGUUCACCUGUCUGCAGGAGUCUUCAGCAGCUGCUGGAGUAUGAGGGCGAUGUGGAGGAGACCUUCUGUCUGAACUUUGCAAUUACGAGAGAGUAUUACGGGAUAACGGAGGUUAAAGAGCUGGUACAGGGCGGGAAGACCAUCGCUGUGGACAAGACAAACAGAAAGGAGUUUGUUCAGGCAUAUUUACAGUAUGUGUUCAGUGAUGCCGUACAGGAGCAGUAUUCGGCCUUCUCCAGCGGUUUCCUGAAGGUCUGUGGCGGGGAGAUUCUCUCUCUCUUCCAGCCCUCUGAGCUCAUGGCCAUGGUGGUGGGCAACAACAACUACAACUGGGAGGAGAUGGAGAAGAAUGCCUCCUACAAGGGCGAGUUCUCUGCAUCACACCCAACAGUUAAGAUGUUUUGGGAGGUGUUUCAUGAGUUUCCCUUGGAGAAAAAGAAACAGUUUUUAUUGUUUUUGACAGGCAGUGACCGCAUCCCCAUCCACGGCAUGGCCAGUCUACGCAUCGUCAUCCAAUCCACUGCUGCGGAAGAGCACUACCUUCCUGUGGCCCACACCUGCUAUAACAUGCUGGACAUGCCCUGCUACCAGACCAGAGAGACCCUGCGGCACCGGCUCACGCAAGCCGUGGAGCAGUACGAGGGCUUCAGUCUGGUCUGAGCGGGAUCUGCAGAGGUUGCUUUCUGUAUGCUGACACUGCACUUUAAACCUGUGGAGAACUGGAAAUGAACGCUGCUCUCUCAUUUAUUUUACCACAGACGAGCACAUCCUGAGUCUUGUAUGAGUAAAUCUAUUAUUUUCUUAAUCUUACAGACAGACUCUGACUUGCUUGUUUGGUUGAAUCUUGAGAUGUGCACCAUUUUUUUGUUUGUUUGCUUUUUGGUUAUACAUUUUUUUAUAUUUUUUAAAUGACACAAAUAAAUUAUAAGAUUAGGAUUGAGUUGUUGGCAAAAUAAAUUAAUUCGACGUUCUUUA